AUGCCGCAGAGCAAGUACAGCCUCUUCAUCGACAACAUCAGCAGCUCGACGCGCUCGGCUGACAUCCGGUAUGAAAUGGAGCGCGCUGGCCGCGUCCUGGAGGUCAUUCGCGACCCCAAGGCCCGCUGCGCCCUGGUCGAGUUUGACAGGGCUGACGACGCCAAGUAUGCAUGGCAGAAGAUGGACGGCCUGAAGUUUGAUGGCCGCACCUGGAAGGUGGACUGGGCCAACGACAAGGACUUCGGCUUCUUCGAGAAGAAGUGGACCGAGGGCGGCCUCAGCAGCAAGCGCGGUCGCUCUCGUAGCAGGAGCCGCAGCCCCUCUCGUGGAGACUCGCGUCAGCUUUCCGACCAGACGCCCUACGAGUGA